UUCCGGUUCGCACACGUGUGAAAAUAUGGAGCAGACGGACAGAGAAAUAGAUACUCAAAUAACGACAGAGGAGGAAGAUAAGGAGUUUCAGCUCUUCUUUCAGUUGCAUUCUGCUGCCCUAAAGUCGUCAAGAAUACCCCCAUUAUACUGGAAGAGCUUGUUUUACAAACUUACCAACGAGGUGUUCGAUGCAGGCGAGGUGUUUGGGAUCAUGCAGGUGGAGCAGGAGGAUGAAGAUGAUGAAGAGGUGCGGGAGUCAGAGAGGAAGAGGGCAAACCCAGGACCCGAAAUCACCUGCAAGGUUGUUGUGACAAGUGAGAAUGGCCUGCAGGCCACAGACCCGACCAGCGUGUUCCUGGUGGACCAUGCCUGGACGUACCGUGUAGAGAAUGCGCGGCAGCAGCUGGAGCAGAUCCCGGGGCUCCUCCACCGCAUGGCCGCGCUCAUGGGUGUGGCCUUCCACGGGGAGGUGCCUGACGAGGGUGUGGUGGAGCAGGUGCUCGCCGAGACGUGGAAGUACAGCCAGACUUACCAGCUCUCUCAGGGGUCAGCUGAGGAGAAAGUUCCGGUGUGGUACAUCAUGGACGAGUUCGGCUCCCAGGUCCAGCACUCGGACCAGCCAACCUGCUGCAUGGCCCCCUUCUUCUAUGCCCCACAGCAGAUCGCCUACUCUGUGCUCUGGCCCCUGCAGGACCUGGACACCGGAGAGGAAGUGACACGGGACUACACCUACGGUGAGAGUGACCCCUUGCUCAGGAAGUGUCGACUGUUGCCAUGGGAACCGGCUGACUUGCGGGAAGUGAGCGCUCUCACCCCGGAGCCCUCCGACCUGUACUAUGAGACCAUUUCCAAGGAAAACAAGGAGACGCUUCCAAUUGAAAUCCAACCCCACGUUUUCCCCAAAGACAAAGUGUUUAAGGUGUACACAGAGAUGGGACAGGUGCUGGACCACCUUAAACAUCCUCGCUUCCAGUUCACUGACAAUGAGGAGGAGGCCGACAUUCUCUGGAUGUACUCCCAUAUAAGGGACUACCGGAAGCUGAGUGUGGAGCGUCCACACGUGCUGCUGAACCAGUUCCCGUGCGAGACGGUUGUCACUGUGAAGGACUGCCUGGCAGCCGUGUCGCGGAGGGCAAAUAGGGGCCAAGGGGCCGACUGGCUACCCAGGACCUUCAACUUGCAGACAGAGCUGCCCCAGUUCAUCAGCCACUACCAGCAAAACCAAGAGAGGGGAGAAGACAAUCACUGGAUCUGCAAGCCCUGGAACCUGGCCCGCGGACUGGACACCCACAUCACCGACGACCUGAACUACAUCAUCAGACAGAGGGAGAGCACCCCAAAGGUGGUGUGUAAGUACCUGGAGAACCCAGUCUUGUUUGAGAGGGAGGAGGUCGGCCUGGUCAAGUUUGACAUCCGUUACAUGGUGCUGCUACGCUCCGUCCAGCCGUUGCGCCUCUACGCCUACAACGUCUUCUGGCUGCGCUUCGCAAACAGGCCCUUUUCGCUGGACCACUUUGACGACUACCAGAAGCACUUCACCGUGAUGAACUACGCCGAGGGGGCUCAGCUCAAGCAGGUUCACUACGAUGAGUUCAUCCCCAUGUUUGAGAAGCAGUACCCACAGUACCCUUGGAAGGACGUCCAGGAGGAGGUGUUCCAGGCUUUCGCUGAGCUGUUCCAGGCCGCCUCCUCCCGCCCUGCGCCGUACGGCAUUUGUGCGUACCCCUCCUCCAGGGCCAUCUAUGCCAUCGACCUCAUGCUUAAGUGGGCCACCGACAGCCAAGGUCAGAGGGUCAUGAGGCCUCAGCUCCUGGAGGUCAACUUCAGCCCGGACUGCGCCAGGGCCUGCAAGUACCACCCCCACUUCUAUGACCACAUGUUCCGGACGCUCAUGCUGGACGACACCGAAGACUGCCCGGUCACGCGCAUAGUGUGACACCCCCCCCCCCACCUCAAGCAGACACCCAGACACCCCCAACUCCCCCACAGCCUCCAUCAUCACUUCCAUCCCAUUUCUCUGCCUGAAUAAACAAUGACAACAGAAACUGGUUUGAUUUGGAUAUCUCUCUCCACUGUGCUCACAUCCGCCAUUACAGAGCAAGGCUCACAUGGAACUGUCUUCCAUCAGAAAUUUAUAAAGCUGCAAGUAAAGACCUCAGAAUACCACUUAAGACAUACCUUAUAGCACAGUACCU